GUGUGUGUGUGUCUGCGUGUGUGCGCGCGCGCCCGCAUAUGAUCACUAUAAAGGUUACCGACUAAGUUACAAACAAGAAAAUAGAAAGAAGUAUAAUAUUGCCGAAGCGUUACUAGCCUACCAUCAUUGUACUUAGCCGUCUUCAACACGAGGCAGACGACAUAUUACAGGGAACGGCCAGAAGCACAUUGUAACUCCUCUUCAAAAUUACAGAAUGAUGAUCAUAAAGGCGCAUUGCAUCAAUGAGGACAUAGAUGACAAUUUAGAAAUGAUUUCGCUUUGAAUCUGAAUUCAUUAGCGAACUGAAACCCUUUUUGCGGACAAUAUUAGAAGCCAUCGAGUAAGCCUCACAAGCAAUCAAAGGUUGAUAGAUGACAGAGGAACCAGGAAGUUCGUGGUAUAAAAGGUAGGUAUAGCACAGGAGACUCACUCCGGCAUCAGCCUCCACACACACACCUUCGACUUGGACAAAGUGCACCAUGAAGUUCACUCUUUUGAUCGCCGACGCGGUGUUUGGACACGUCGGCCACACACAGCGAGCAGUGACCACCUCCGUCCUGGUUUACCUCGUGCAUGCUGCGGUGGCCACCCCGACCCCAAACACCAGCCUGAGUGCUGCCGUCAGCAAACUUCCAGCCACUGUUUCUUCACUUCAGACAUCGCCAGCAACGGCAAGCCAAGAAGACUCGGAGAUACCAGAGGAUUGGUUACAACCCGAGAGAAUCUGUUCACCGCUCGUUCUCCUGGAGAACCACUUCACCCACUACACCUCCUUCCCAAUGUCUUUAACAACUUUGAACCGCAUUAAUUCCUGCGAGGAACUGGAAGCCGAUAGACAAAUAGUUGUUUUGGAUAGCCAUCAUAACUUGUUCCCGGAAUGGCUAGCGGAUGCCACUCUGGCCGGGGAGUGCCCCUGGCAGCUGGUCAAACGAGAGUUUAUCCCCGGCACUGUGCCCCCUUCCAUUAUAGAGGUGGGCUGUCUGUGUAACGGUCACAGCUGCUCGCGCGGGGGCGACUUCCAGUGUACGGCCGUCAGUCGCCGCGUCGAAGUAUGGACGAGCGGACCCCACCACUAUGGUGUGUUUCGUUCCCACAUGGUGACCAUGACGACAGCGUGUGUGUGUGCUCGGCGCCACGUCCCUCGAGGUGGUGAAGCAGAGUUUGGCUUGGGCCACUAGUUCCCCCAACACCCUCGAACCAAGAAACAUGUCAUCUUCAUCUAAGAACACAGCCGUCUAGCGAUUGUUUUAUCAUUGGGUGUUGAUUGUAAAACAAAGUCACUUGCGUUUGUUCUGUUCUUGUCAUUUCAUAUAUUUGUUACACGGAAGAGAUGUCACAGACUCAUUGUUGUUUAUGUAAAGCGCGCGCGUGUGUGUGUGUGUGACGUUAUGGC